UCCCUCCCUCCUCCCGGGUACCACUUAAGCGCCUGGCGGUGACGGAGCGGCUGUGCGGAGCCGCGCGGGCUGGCGGCCACCGCCGCUCGCCUGCCUGCUGACAUCACCCCGGCGCACGUCCCUCCGUGGGCUCCCUUCCAUCCGGCCGUCCAUCCAUCUAUCUGCUUUUCCUUGGCAGGGAAGAGCCGGAGCUGAGGAAGUGGCGGCGGCGACGCCGCGGCCCCCGGCAUGAGAUUCCUCCCCGCCUGCUACUUGCUGCCUCUGCUCYCCGCGCUGGUCUGGGGCUCCAGACAGAGCUAUGAGGAACUGGAAAGACAGCUGAAAGAAGUCUUUAAGGAAAGGAGCAAUAUCCUGCGUCAACUGUCGAGGACUUCUAAAGAGCUUGAGGGAAUUAAAGUAAACCUUCAGUCGUUGAAAGACGAUGAAGCAUCAGCCAAGAAUGAUGUGCAGAAACUGCUGGAGCUGGGCCAAAAGCAAAGGGAAGAAAUGAAAACUCUCCAGGAGGCCUUUCAAAAGCAGCUUAAUGAGGCAGCUGAGAAAGCAGAAAAGCAGCAGGCUACUAUUAACUUUUUGAAGACUGAAAUGGAAAGGAAGAGCAAAAUGAUCCGUGAUCUCCAAAAUGAGAACAAAAGCCUGAAAAACAAACUCCUGUCAGGAAGCAAACUUUGUGGUAUCCAUGCAGAAGAGUCAAAAAAGAUCCAGGCCCAGCUGAAAGAGCUUCGUUAUGGGAAAAAGGAUUUGAUUUUUAAGGCACAACAGCUAACAGAUCUGGAGCAGAAACUAGCAGUUGCAAAAGAUGAAUUGGAAAAGGCAGCCCUUGACAAGGAGUCGCAGCUGAAGGCCCUGAAGGAGACGGUGCAGCUCUGCCUGUCGGCCGUCCUGCACGGGCAGCCCCCCGCCGGGAACGCGAGCCCCCCGAGAGCGGCGGAGCGGCUGCCGGCCCCCGUGCCCAAGGGCUCCAAGGGGCCCCUCCAAGGGACGAGCCACAAGUCAAAUGUCUCUGCAGACAAAGAGAGUCUUCGUGUUUCCUCGAGAAAGAAAGAAAACCAGAGCAUCCAGGAGUGCGAUUCUCAGGACGUUGGCAAGACGUGUUUGGGGAACCGCAGUAAUUCAACAUCUCAUUUGAAGGCAGCGGAAACAGAGACCAGCUUUCAGAAGUUGCACAGCCCUCCGUGGACCAAAGCUGAAGAUAAAAAAGCCCCGGAAAGAAAUGAGAGAAAGUUUGACGAGGCUGUUAGUACGAACGAAAAAACAACUCUAAGCGUUACUAAACUCCAUUAAAAACAUCCUUCACUUGCUCCCAUCCUCAUGUUCUUUUUAGUUCAGAGGCAUGAAUGUACCAGGUUUCUGAAGCAUGCAUUUUUUUUCCCACUGUUUUAUGAAUGUUUGUAAAAUAGUCUAGACUAGACCAAUUAGUACCUUGAAGCAAUAAUCCAAAAUGAGUGUUGGAAGAAAUGCUUUGUAACACAGUCCAGGUUUGAAAUAGAAUUCUACCCUGAUCACUAGUUGCCUAUUAGGAAUUAGUUGGUUCCAUCCUCAAGUAUCCAGCUGCCAUUCUCAAGGACCAUCUUUAGCAUCUCUUGUACUUCUUGUACCUUUACAGCAGAUUUAGGAUUUAAGUCAAGUGAAGAAUAAAAGGCAGUUAACAUGGAAAAGAUAUUUAAAAAUCUUAGYAAGCCUUGUUUUGGAGUACAGUGCAACUCAUCAGAAUAACUGUAAAAAUGGACCAGUAAGGACCCAUGUAUAUCUACAUUUCAGUCAUGCCAUUCCAYAUCUGCUUCCUUAAACAAUAAAAGAUGUUUGUUUCU